AUGGAGGCCAAUGGGCGUAAUCCCACGCAAACGUCUCAUCGCACGCGCCGACCGCGCGCUGCUCGCGCCUGCGAUCUUUGCCGUGCAAAGAAGAACAAAUGCGACGAAUCUUAUCCUUGCACCUACUGCAAGAACCGCAAUGCAACAUGUGUUUAUCAAGGCUCGCACCACACUUCUCGGCAUUAUACCGCCGAGUAUGUCAAACAGUUGGAGGAUGAAGUAAAGCGUCUUUCGACCACGCCCGCUAAUGCGCCUCAUACGCAGCCCGUCAUGCCUUCGGAUCAGAGCCCCGUGGAUGUGGAAAAUGCGCAGCAACAGCCUCACCGCGCACCCCAGCCAGAUAUGCGCACAUCUGCACAAGGUAUCGCUGCAGAAGAAAUUUCAGAGGUGAAUGAGCACACCGCCGGCGUUGAAUUUUAUGGAAGUUCGUCUUCUAUGGCUUUACUCUCUCGUGUCCAACGUUCAGGACAACAAUUCCGGGACAGAGAGGAUGGUGCUCAUCUUGUAUCCAGCUUACAUAAUGCCACCUUCCAGGCGAUACCCACCUCAUCCCAUGGAGAUAUAUUGGACGCUACUAGCUUGCCUGCUGACUAUUAUCCCCAAUGUCGAAGCUUCAUAGAGGACUUUUUCUCCACCAUUCACUAUAUUCACCCUAUCCUCGAUAAACGCGAGUUCCUUGGAAGAUGUGAGGUACUCUGGUCGCUUCGCACAACAGGUGCUAGUUUGCAACCAUCUCCUAGUUUCGUCGCUCUCUACUACAGUGUCCUUUCGCUGGGGGCGAUGGUCGGAGUUCGCGGAGAACACCUAAUUGAUAAUCUGACUAACCUUCAAUGGUCUCGCAAAUUCUUUGACCUCUCUUGGUCAUGUUGCCACUCACUUGGACUUAUUACUAACCUCGAGAUGGCACAAUGUUUCUUCAUGCUGGCAAAGGUUUGCCAGAAUGAACUUAACCCACACUGUUCAUACAUGUAUGUAGGUUUCGCCGUGCGGACUGCAUUAGCGAUGGGUGUAAACCGGGACCCUGGACCUAAUACGAGGAAAACAAUCGCCCAAUUAAAGGCAGAGUCAAGGAUGUGGUGGUGCCUUUACUCGCUUGAAGUGGAGAUAUCAUUUUCCGUUGGACGACCCGACACUCUAGGCGCUGACAUCCACCACAAUCGAAAAUACCCUGUCAUCGGUACGAGCACGACAGUGGACACCAUUGUCUCUGAGAUGAUCGAACCACCGCACUGCGCGAUCAUCGGCUAUAUGGUUGACCUUUCUAGGAUCACACGCAACAUUUGCCACAAGAUGUAUCUGUCCAACCUUAGUAUACCUGACAUGCUCUCUCGAGCUAAUGAGAUCGAGAAGGAGCUUGAUGGUUGGCUUAUUGGACUUCCCCCUACACUGAGGCCUUCCGUCCAUAACCAAACUCAACAAAGAUCCUGUUUAGGUUCCAUCAAAGAUGCCAUGUGGGCUAAGCGGCAGAAACUUGUGCUAGGUAUACGUUACCAUAAUCUCAAAAUUCUUCUCUUCAGCUGUGUGCUCAUGAAAUCAUCACUCGAUGAGCGAGAGAGUGUUCCUGGGUGCUUGGAGAACACCCGCAAAUGUCUAGAGUCGGCAAGACAAACAAUCACAAUCAUUUACCAAACAUAUGAGCAUAACGACUUUUUCCAGACCUGGUUUUACAAUGCCACAUACACCGUUUUUGCUGCCUCUGUUGUCCUUCUUUACAUCACACAAGGCGCAGCCGUCGAUGAUGAGCUACCAUCGCUAUAUGGUCUAGUGGACAUGGCUGUGGAAAUUCUAGAAUCCAUGGAUGAGAGCGUUGUUGCUCUUAAAGCUGCGAAGCUAUUGCGCCGUGCAAAAGAUAAAGCAAGCGGUAGACAAGAACCGGACAAUGCCGCAAUACUAAGCGGGGACAACUCCAAUGACUCUCCUUCUAGACAUGAGCCAAACGGCCCUAUGAUAACCCACGAUAACACUCAGUCAACCCAACUGAACCAGUACUGGGGAUCAUUUGGACUCAUCGAUGACACUGGAAUGGACUUUGACAUGGCGCCACAACUUGAUGCUUUCGACCCAAACAAUCCCAUGUUCUUAUUUUUCGGUAACGGAUAG